AGACCACAACAGUGAGACUACAACACCGAGACCACAACACUGAGACCACAAGACCGAGACCACAAGACCGAGACCACAAGAUCGAGACCACAACAGUGAGACCACAAGACCGAGACCAGUGAUACUACUAGGACAUGUCAGUGCGGUAUAAGGACAUAGAACGUCUUGAGGAAGACCCAACAUUCAACCAGAGUCCCAUAGAAAAUCAUUCAACUUACCAAGGAAUUAUCAUGAACAGGUGGAUCCCCCAACUCUCCUCCGGCCUGAUGUGCUUUAUGUCAGCACUUUGUACUGGACUCCUCUUCAUCAUCAUCAUCCUCAUCGUCACCAUCACACGUCAGGGGGUGGAUCACACAGAGCAGAUCCUGGAUGUGAAGCUGAGGAACCUGAGUCUAGGAGUGGACUCCAGAGUGGAGAAACUGUCCCAGGAUGAUUCCAGGAUGAUGGAGAAACUGACCAACAUCGAAACCUACAUAAAGGACAUGAGAGCUUCCAGUGUAAUUACUAAAAUAAAUAGGAUGGAGGCAUCUGUGAACCGAAUUUUAUCUGAUGAUGUAACAGGUUCUCUUGGAAAUGACAUCCAGAGGAUUCUGGAAGCCAUCGCAGGACUGAGAGACGAGAUCCGGAAAGGGAACAGCUCUACUGAUCCAUUGUGUGAGGUGGGCUGGAAGCACUAUGGCCUCAACUGCUACUACUUUUCCCAGCGUGUGCGAUCUUGGGAGAGUGCGAAAAAAGACUGCGAGAGGAAGAAGGCUCAUUUGGUGGUCAUUAAUGGCGAGGAAGAAAAUACUUUUCUACAAGAACUUUCUCAAUCUGAGACCGCGUGGAUCGGUCUCACAGAUGUGGAUGGAUCCUGGAAAUGGGUGGACGGAACUUCUUUUGAUGCUACUCCAAAGUUCUGGGAGCCUGGUCAGCCUGAUGAAUGGUUCGGUCACGGUCUCGAAGGAGGAGAAGAUUGUGCUGAGUUGAAAAGCUCAGGUGGUUGGAAUGAUGGUCAUUGUUCCAGGAGCUAUCCGUAUAUCUGUGAGAAGAAAAGUUCUUGACCAGCAAACAGGAAAGCACCUGACAUCUUCACUCCCAAUGACUCCUCCUCCUCCUCUGCUACACCACAGUGAUGAGUCUACUAAUGAAAUACUAAAAUGCACCAGCAGGGCAUGCUGGGCUCUAUAGUUCCUGAAGAGCAUCUCUGGGGUGUCCAAUCACAAUACAGUAAUGAGUAGAGGGGUUCUUGCCAUGCGCGAUGUUCAGCAGAAGUUUCUUAGCUGUACUUUGUACAUAUCAGAGAAUAAACAAGUGGGGAUGAACUCCUCAGGGGCGGGGAUUGUGUUUUAUGUGGAUGAUCAGGGGAUGAACUCCUCAGGGGCGGGGAUUGUGUUCUAUGUGGAUGAUCAGUAUUAAUAAAAUCAUGCACACAAUGA